AUGACGGGGGGAUUCCAAGCCGGGUCGUCAAGCAAGAAGCCGCGGCCGCCCGGCUCCGGCCUGGCGGAACUUGCCGCGCGACUCACCAAGCGCCUCACCGGCGCGAGCCCGUGCAUCAACCUGGUCUUCUCGCCCCUUUCCAUCUAUGCCGCGGUCGCGCUGCUGGCGCCGAGCGCCCGAGGGAAAACCCUAGAUGAGAUCCUCCGCCUCAUUGGCGCCCGUUCCCGCGACGAGCUCGAGGAUCACAUCUCACACGUGGCUGAGGACGCGCUAGAGGACCUGUCGGACUAUGGCGGGCCGAGAGUGGCCUCCGCGUGCGGCGUGUGGAAUGACAUGGCGCGGCCGCUGAGGACGGCGUACCAUGAGACCGUCGUCAGCAAGUACAAGGCGGAGUCACACGCCCUGGACUUCCGGGGAAACGCGGGGAAAGCAGCCAAGGAGAUCAACGCCUGGGUCGCGCGGGUCACUAAGGGCGUGUUUGGUUGCCCGCAUUAG